AUGGCUACAGCAAAGGACGCCGGCAAUGCUCCCCGGUUGGCAAAUGGGCCGAAGAAACGGAUUCUCCUCAAUGCUUUCGACAUGAACGGAGUUGGUCACAUCAGCGUUGGCCAGUGGACGAACCCCGACGACAAGAGCUUGACGAAAAGCAGCUUGGAAUACUGGAUCCAUGUGGCCAAGGUGUUGGAAUCCGGCAAGAUCAACGCUCUCUUUCUGGCGGACAACUUUGGCUCUCAUGAUGUCUACAGAGGGAGCCAUGCCACAGCCAUCAAAGCCGGAUGUCAGUGGCCUCUCUACGACCCAUUCGUGAUCAUUUCGGCCAUGGCAGCUGUCACGACCAAUCUGAACUUUGGCAUCACUGCUUGCACCACGUUCGAGCCUCCCUUCAUCCUGGCCAAACGGUUUUCCACCCUGGACCAUAUUACAAAGGGCCGAGUGGCGUGGAACAUUGUGACAUCGUGGUCGGAGACGGCUGCCCAAGCCAUGGGGCUGGAGUCCCUUCCAGAACACGACGAAAGAUAUGCAAUGGCCGACGAGUAUGUCGAAUUAAUGUACAAGCUAUGGGAAGGCUCGUGGGCAGAUGAUGCAGUCAUCGCCGACCGAGAGACGGGAGUCUACGCCGAUCCUGACAAAGUCAGAAAGAUCAAUCACUCAGGCAAGUAUUUCCAGUGCAAAAGCGCGCAUCAAGUGAAUCCCAGUCCACAACGGACACCGGUCCUCUUUCAAGCGGGGAUGUCGCCUGCCGGUGCCCAAUUUGGGGCCAAGCAUGCCGAGUGUAUUUUCGUCAGUUCGAAAAGCCCGACGCUGCUCGCCGGCAACAUCAAGAAGACGAGAGCCCUGGCUGCCCAGAUGGGCCGCGAUCCCCAGAGUAUCAAGUUCUUUGUUUCCUUCACGCCGAUCCUGGGAGCAACGGAAGAGGAAGCCCAGGCCAAGUUUGAAACGUUCAGAAGACAUUCGAACCCCGAAGGAGCCCUCGCUCUGUACGGCGGCAUCGCGAGGAUCGACCUGAGCACUUUUCCACUCGAUGAAGAAUUGCCAACCACAGUAGAAGAUCCAGCACUCGCGCACUUCUCGUUAAAGCAACGCGAAGUGAUCGUGCAGAGGCCGGACGGAAUCAAUCACUGGACACCACGGAUCAUGAGCGAAUGGCUGUCGAUUGGCGGCAAUGCCUCGUAUGUGGUGGGCACGGGAGACCAAGCUGCGCAGGCAAUGGAACGGUGGAUUCUCGAAGCAGACGUGGACGGAUUCAAUCUUUCUCAUGUCGUCGUCCCACAGGCCUGGGAGGACAUUGUCACUUAUUUGAUUCCUGCUCUGGAGAAGAGAGGAUGGCUUGGGGAUAAUGAGUAUCCCGUCCCCGGAGGCACGGCAAGGGAGAAUCUUUAUGGGACUCCCGGGAAUGCUCGGUUACGGCCUGAACACCCAGGUUCCCGUUUCAAGUUUGAGGUCUGUCCAGAAAGCUAG